CGCGCCAACUUUUCCGGAAUAACCGCAUAGUGCCUCCUGGGCACGGCGCGCGGGUUCUGAGCUCUCCGCGCGCCGCAUGGCUUUCUUUUUCUCCUCUGCAGCAGCUGUGGCGGCGGCGAAGACCGUGAACCCCAAGACAGAGGUGGCUCGAGCGCAGGCAGCGCUGGCAGUCACCGUCAGCGCGGCGCGGGGUCUGCAGGACGUGCUGAGGACCAACCUGGGGCCCAAAGGCACCAUCAAGAUGCUUGUUUCUCGCGUUGGAGACAUCAGGCUUACUAAAGACGCAGGAGUUGACGACCAGCCCUGGCCACAAAUUCAACACCCAACAGCUUCCUUAAUAGCAAAGGUAGCAACAGCCCAGGAUUGUAUAACUGGGGAUGGUACGACUUCCAAUGUCCUAAUCAUUGGAGAGCUACUGAAACAGGCGGAUCUCUACAUUUCUGAAUUUGAGAUUACCUAUAGAAAAAAUAGAAUAACACUACCAUCUGCGAGUUGUUGGGACACUGUCGGUUUUGGCAUGAUUCGGGGUGGUCUGCACAGUGAACACCCAAGUGUGCUUUAUAGUUCCCUUGGCUUUGACCCUGUGCUAGAGCAUUGCCUGUUCUUCUCCUCUGCAUUGAAAGGAAUAUUUAUCCUUUUAAAUGUAUUCAGAAAGCCAGCACAUUAUGUUACUGCGUGUUCAAAGGACCUUCAUCCCAGAAUAAUCACUGAAGGAUUUGAAGUUGUGAAGGAAAAGGCCCUUCAGUUUUUGGAAGAAGUCAAAGCUGUAGUGGGCUCCAUUUUGGCCAUUAAAAGAAAAGAUGAACUUAUUGAUCUCUUCAUGGUUGUGAUCAUGGAGAUGAAACAUAAAUCUGAAACUGAUACAAGAGAAGUGAAUUCUGGCUCUUUUUUUUUUUACAAGAGUGCAGAAGAGAGAGAAAAACUCAUAAAAGCUGAAAGAAAAUUCAUUGAAGAUAGAGAAAUAAUAGAACUGAAAAGGAAAGUCUGUGGUGAUUCAGAUAAAGGAUUUGUUAUUAAUCAAAAGGGAAUUGACCCCUUUUCCUCAGAUGCUCUUUCAAGAGAAGGCGUAGUUGCUCUGCGCAGAGCUAAAAGGAGAAAUAUGGAGAGGCUGACUCUUGCUUGGGGUGGGGUGGCCCUGAAUUCUUUUGACGACCUCAGUCCUGACUGCUUGGGACAUGCAGGACUUUUAUGUGAGUAUACAUUGGUUCUUGCUCAGAAUUCUGGUUCUGACCUUCAGGAAACAUUAGUUAAAAUUUAAGCAGAACAUUCAGAAUCAGUUCAGCUCGUGGGUGUGAACUUGAACACAGGUGAGCCAGUGGUAGCAGCAGAAGUAGGCGUUACGGGAUAACGAUUGUGUAAAGAAACAGCUUCAACACUCUUGCACUGUGAUUGCCACCAACAUUCUCUUGGUUGAUAAGAUCAUGUGAGCCUGGAAUGCCUUCUCUGAAAGGUUGAAUUGAAGCUUCCUCUCUGAGUCUUGAAGAUUCUGCAAAGUGAUCCUGAGGAAUACAGCUGUGGAGUUUCUGUCCAAGCUUCAAAUGAGUUUCAAAGGAAUUUUCCCAUAUGAGAAAAGGAGAGAACACUGGCAUCUGUUGAAAUUCGGAAGUUCUGAGAUUAUAAUUACAGUAUUUUUUUAAAAAUUGCACUGAAGUGUACAUACAUAAAGCAGGUCUUUCACCCAGUGAACAGGAUGUUUUGCUUUAGCAGCAGUGACAUAAAAUUCCACGUUAGAUAAGCAUAUAUUACCUACAUUAUUAAAUAUUUCUUGAAAAGCAGAUUUUAAUAGUUUAAUUUUAUGUGGACGUAUGUUAAAUUAUUCAACAGUACCCUAUUGUUAAGCAUUUGGUUUUAAAUUUUUUAUGCUAAUAUAAAGCUUAAGUAAUUUAAAAUUUUGAGAGCAUCCCUGUUAGUGUAAAUUUCUGAGUAAAUUCAUUGGAUCAGUUGGACUUUUCAUGCUUUUGAAAUAGCCUUGCUAAAAUGCUCCCCCUACAAAGUUAAGUUGGAGGAAAUGGGAAGAGGAGUAAACUAGAGGCAAGGGAGUUGAGAGAGCUGGAAGGUGUGGUGACUAAGGGCUACAGUUAUGGGGUUAAAUUUGAGAUUUGUAGGCUAACUGUAUUUUCAAGUUUCUGAACUUUUGCUUAUGCAAGAUAUUCAUCCCAAAGCCUCUAGCGUCGUAUUUUUCUCACCCAAAUAACUACGUUUCCACAAUAUUAUUUAUAUAGUUGUUGAUCUGUCUCUGCAGUCCUUGAAGGUGAUAUUGAUGUUACUAGGCUGUGUGUUUUGGGGGCUCAGCAGUGGCCUGAAGUGAGUGUGCAAUAAAUGUCAAGUUGAAACUUCC